AUGAAAUCAAAAAUUACUUUUGAUAUACGUGUGAGAAGAAAAGUAAUGUUGCGGGUAACACUAAUUUUGCUAUCCAUAGCCGCUCCUGCACUGUUCAGCGAUAACCGAUACAAGGAAUUUAUGGCGGAUUUUAAGCAUUGCAAGAGAGAACGACGGAUUAAUCCAUUUGAUUUGGAUCGGCUUAGAGUUGGUGAUUUAGAUGAUUCCAGUUACGAAGCGAAAUGUUUUCUUGCCUGUUUAUAUGAUAGAACUGGUAUUUUAAGGAAUGGUGUCUUGCAGAUUGAUAUUUUAAAAAAAAAUGUUGGAUACAUUGCCAAUCACGUGCUUCUAGAUGAAAUACUGCCGCCAUGUUACAAGGUAACCGGUACGAACAAAUGUGUUAUAGCUUUCAAAUUGAAGAAAUGCUUUCAAAAUAUUGGAUUUGAUGAAGUUUGGAUUACUGUGCCAUGGGAAGAAAAUAACGACCCACAGUAUAUUGCCGCAAUGAAAUUGAUCAACAGCUUGACAAAUAUGCAAUAUAGAGUUGCUUUUGCUUAAGAUACGCACAUACUUAUAGAAUCAUUUUGCGACAAAGAGCAAAGUUAAAUAAUUAUUUCUAUUCGCUACUUUCGGUGGAACUUAUCGCCAGUAUUACUGAUAAAAUGGAUUUUCAAAAAGCCUAGGAGAGUUUGUAUAAAAGUUCUAUUGAGUUUACGUAAAAG